UAUGUUUCCAGUUGCAAUAAUUUUUGUUCGAAUGAUAGGAGUUUCGAUUUGAGCCGACUUGCUUAUUUCUUAGGGGUGAUGUGCGGGGUGACACGCCCCGGCAGCAGAAUCGGAAAAAGGAGAAAUUGUUAUGGCAAGCCGUUAGGAAGAAUGCUCUGAUGCUAGGGGAAAUGCGUCUUCUGAGCCAGCAUACAGCAGCAUCAGUAUUGUUGAUUUGGAGGACGGAACCGGAAACGGAAGGAUAUCCCAUUGCCAUAAUUUUACAUUGAAGCACUUGCUGGCUGUGCUUUGAAUCAAGUAUGGAGGAGCUGUUCGUUUGGAGCAGGUUGAAAACAAGUAUAUUGGAUGCUUUCUUUCGUCUGUUUGGUAAUGUUGGUAACGAAUCGAGUGUAAGAAUAGGGUUUGUAUUGCUCGAGGUUUCUCGUUUUCGAAUAGAAACCAGAAUUGUUUUUGUAUUUGCUUUGCUUUGUCAUAUUUUUUUAUUAUAUGUGGUUGUUUAUUCUCAUUUUGCUUGGCUGUACAUAUAUUCCGUCGUCUGUCACCUAAACGAAUGAGUUCGUGGGAAGUUAUUAAGCCAGCUUCAUCGACGGCCGGUCGACAACCGACCAGAUCUUCACCAUACGGCAAGCCCCAACGCAUCACCUGUACAUCGACUUCAAAGCGGCUUACGACAGUAUCGACCGCGCAGAGCUAUGGAGAAUCAUGGACGAAAACGGUUUUCCUGGGAAGCUGACUAGACUGAUUAAAUCAACGAUGGACGGUGUGCAAAACUGCGUAAGGGUUUCGAGUGAACUAUCCAAUGCAUUCGAAUCUCGCCAGGGACUGCCACAUGGUGACGGACUCUUAUGCCUAUUCUUCAACGUCGCUCUGGAAGGUGUAAAGCGAAGAGCCGGGCUCAACAGCCGGGGAACGGUUUUCACAAAAUCCGAUCAAUUUGUGUGCUUUGCAGACGACUUGGACAUUAUUGUCAGAACAUUUGGAACGGUGGCACCCGCCUGAAACGCGAAGCAGCAAAGGUCGGACUGGUGGUGAAUGCCUCAAAAACAAAGUACAUGCUGGUAGGCGGAACCGAAAACGACCGGAUCCGUCUGGGUAGUAAUGUUACGAUAGACGGGGAUUCUUUCGAGGUGGUGGAGGAAUUCGUCUACCUCGGAUCCUUACUGACGGCUGACAACAACGUGAGCCGUGAAAUUCGGAGGCGCAUCAUCAGCGGAAGUCGGGCUUAUUACGGGCUCCAGAAGAAACUGCGGUCGAAAAAGAUUCACCCACGCACCAAAUGCACCAUGUACAAAACGCUAAUAAGACCGGUGAUCCUCUACGGGCACGAGACAUGGACCAUGCUCGAGGAGGACCUGCAAACACUCGGAGUUUUCGAGCGACGCGUGCUAAGAACGAUCUUCGGCGGUGUGCAGGAGAACGGUGUGUGGCGGAGAAGGAUGAACCACGAGCUCGCUGCACUUUACGGCGAACCCAGCAUCCAGAAGGUGGCCAAAGCCGGAAGGAUACGUUGGGCAGGGCAUGUUGCAAGAAUGCCGGACAACAACCCUGCAAAGCUGGUGUUUGCAACUGAUCCGGUUGGCACAAGAAGGCGUGGAGCGCAGAGAGCACGAUGGGCGGACCAGGUGGAUCGUGACUUGGCGAGCAUUGGGCGCGACCGAGGAUGGAGAGCGGCAGCCACAAACCGAGUAUUGUGGCGUACUAUUGUUGAUUAUGUCUUGUCUUAAUGAUGUUGAACAAAUAAAUGUAUGUAUGCAGCUGAUUGUCUCGGAGAAACACAAGGUCCACCGCACUAUUGCUCCGGUUAGCGCAGUAAGGGCAAAAUACUGUGGAGGGUGCCCUGGUA